GCCUGCAACGCCUCGAGUACUGCAAAUGUAGAACCGCAGCGUGAGUAUGCUUGUGGAUUGGACUGCGUGUGUAUGUAAUCUUUAAUUAUCUAAAUCAUGGUCCUGAAUUCACAAAGAAAAUGCGCUGGCUCCUUCCUUUCGUCGUGGCAGUUUUUGUAGCCCCGUUUGAGGUGUCUGUCCCUGAUAAGCAAUUGAUGGCCAUUCGGGGCAAUCCAGUUGUAUUAGGCUGUAAGUUCACACCUGAUCCAGACAUCUCCAACCUGGUGGUUACCUGGCAACGGCAUGAGGACUCGAAGGUCGUGCACAGUUUCUAUUAUCAACUGGACCAACUGGACCGGCAGAGUCCAGAAUACAACAGUAGGACAAUGCUUUUUAAAUCUGAGCUAUCUACAGGAAAUGCCUCCCUACAAAUAACAGCCAUUAACCAAAAGGAUACAGGCCAGUAUAUGUGUAUAGUGAGCAAUGCACAGGGAACUGGAAGAGCCUUGGUAGAGCUGACCUAUGGAGCUUUGUACUCUGAGCCCAGGUUGAGCAUCCACGUAAACUCCUCAAAAGUCACACUGAAGUUUGAGACGGAGGGAUUUCCCAAGCCUGAUGUAAGCUGGCAAGGGGAACAAGGUGAAAACCUUAUCCAUCACCUGGAGCUCUUUGAGCAGACUGAAGAUGGACUAUAUAUCAUAAAGAGCAGCUAUGAAGCCCAGAAGCCAACAGUUAAUGUUACAUUUACACUAAAGAACCACUUUCUCAACCAGAACCUUGAGAGACCUGUCAUCCUAACCUACGAUAAGGACGUGGCCACAAAUCAAGUGACAGUCGCACUUAUUGUAAUCUCCAUGAUGUGCAUUAUGUUUUUUAUCUGCAUCGUUUUGUUGAUGUUUCGGAGAUUUAAAAAGAGGUCUGUCCCUGGAAUGAAUCAUCAUAGUUGAUUGUAAAUGGAUCAUUAAAAGCAUCAUUCAUUUCAUAUUCACUCCCUCCCUUUCAUUUUCACACUCAUUUUCAUCUGUCAAAAUAAGUGAGGCCUCAAAAAGCCAAACCACAUAAAUAACUGUGAGGUUUAAACAUGCAAUUAAGCAUUUUAAGCAUUAGAUUGUCAUAAAUCAAGUCAUAUGGGUGUGUUCUUAAAAUAAUUAAAGUGUUAAAAUCAUUAUUUAGUGCUGAGUCUUUUUCAUACUUUUUAUAUGUGCGGACACUUGUAACUACAUUUAUAAUUAACCCAUUAUAUGGUAAUAUUUAUUUAAAAAGCGUGAAGUGCACAUGGGCAUCAACCACUGUUUGUAUACAAUUUUAUAUAUUGCAAUAAACAUAAUUUUGUACUGCAUUUGGUGACUAGAAAUGAACCUGAUUUUAAUUUAUGUUACUUAAAUAUUCUACCUACCCUGACAGAGAUGAUGCACUACUGCACUACUUCCUGACCUUCAGCUAGCUCCUUGUUUCCUGUCUGCCAUUAUUGGACAAACUGAUUAAUCCAGGUGUGCCUGACCUCAGUAGUCACAAACAAACUGAUUAAUCCAGGUGUGCCUGACCUCAGUAGUCACAACAACAAUAAUCAAACACGCCUGGAUUAAUCAGUUUGUCCAAUAAUGGUAGACAGGAAACAAGCUGGCUGAAGUUCAGGAAGUAGUACAGCUGGGCAUAAAGCCUAUUCUGUGUUUUAACCUAUGUUUAAAAUAUGCUUGAGAUUUGUUAACAAUUUGUACUGUAAAAACAGCUGUUGUCUGUUAUACAUUUACAUUUAGGCAUUAGAUGCUUUUAUCCAAAGCGAUGGACUCUGUAUACCACAACUGACCGCAGCACAGUAAAACUACAUUGAGUGUCUGACUGUUUUGUUUUGUAUCCUAGCUGCAGCUUUGAUUACUUAAGCUGAGCUUAUCAGUUUAUGACAUAAUGGAGCAAUAAUGUUUGUCAUAAGGGUGUGAGAAUGACAGCAAAUGUUUCACAUACAUAUCUUACCUUACAUAGUUUUUUAUUAUUAGUAAAAAUGUGUAUUGGAUAGUUUUUUUUAUUACUUUUUCCUUACUAUGAAACUCUGUAGGCAGCUCAGGUGAAAUUUUAGUCUCAGAUAUAACGUUUCUUAAAAUUGCUGAAAAGUAGAACAACUUUUCUUGACAUGUAGAUGUAUUGAUUUGUAAACAAAAAAAUGUAAGUAACUAGGUGUGUCAUUCAACAUUUUCAAUUCAUUUUUUUAUCAGAUACAUUUUAUGUGAGAGAAACAUGUUUCAUUUUGCCAUUUCAAAGCAGUUUGUAUCACAAUUACAUUGUUCCAUUAACAUU